AUGAAAAAUAAUACAAUUAAUCCAAGUAAGUAGAAUCAAUGCAUUUUUGAUCUUCUUCCUGAAGCAUCUCCAACAUUCUAAACUGAAUUCAAGAAAUAAUAACCUAUUAAAUAAGAAACUUAAAUUAUGAAUACUUAAGAUUAAACAGAUAAAUAUGGUUUUAAAUCAUAAAAAGAAUUAAAAUAGAAAAAUGAUCCAAAGACUUUUAAUGCUAGAAUACAAAAAUGGAGAAUUAUGAUUGAUAUAUUUGAUAAAUAAGAAAAACCAGAUAAAAAAUUACUUAAAAAUAGAACAAGGAAAGUAUUAAACUACUUAUUGAAAGGGAAUUCCCGAUGGGUUCAGAAAUUUAGCUUGGCCAUAUUUAGCUGGAGUACCAUAAGCAAAAAUAGAUUCCAUUCUUUAUUUAAAAUGUGGAAAAUAUGAUGAAUUCCUCAAAAGUCAAGAAUUUAAAUUCGAAUAACAAAUAAGAUUGGAUGUUUUACGUACAUUUCCUGAUAAUGUAAAUUUUCAAGUAUUAAUAAAUAUAAUUAAAAGGAUUAAACUGUUUUAUCAGAAUCUCUUGUAAAUGUUCUUAAAGCCUUAUCUGUAGCAAUAUCUGAUAUGGGUUAUUGUUAAGGCUUAAACUUUUUAACUGCUGCUCUAAUUAUGGUGACAAAUGAUGAAAAUGUAAAAUAUCAUUUGAAUAAUAUAACAUUAGGCUUUUUGGAUAUUAUUUCGUCUAAUGACUAAAUAUAAUUAAGCAGAAAAAUAUAAAAAUCCAAGUUAUCUUCUUAGAGAAUUCUUUAUCUUGGAUAGUUUAAUAAAUCAAUAUUAUCCAACUACUGCCAAAAUAUUUAAGAAGAAUAAUAUUGAUUUAUUUUAUUUUGCAACUGAAUGGUAUAAUAUAAAUAUAUCUAUAUAAUAGGUUUAUUACUUUAUUUGCAUCUACUUUACCAAUAGAUCUUUUCUAUAGGGUCUUUGAAAUAUUCCUAUUAGAAGGUGAAAAAACUCUUUUUAGAUGUGCUUUGACAAUAAUUCAUUUUAAAGAAUAGAAAUUAAUUUAAUUAUAAAAUAAUUUUGAAAAUAGUUUAAGACAUUUGAAAUCUUUAGAUGAUUUUUUUACAUUAGAUAAUGAUCAAUUUAUAAAUGUCAUGUUAAAUAAAUUUAAAUUUUCAAGAUAACUAAUCUAAUAAUUAGAUGAAAAAUAUAAAAAAUAGAAAAAAAAAUGA